AUGUGUGUUAUACUAAGUGCAGGCAGGGGGAGUGACAGUGGGAAAAAUAGAAGGUCGCUGAGAUUUGAACAAGUCAUAUUAACAGAGGAGGUGGAAGUAGGGAAGUGGGCUAGAAGCAUGGCAUCGAAGUCCCAAUGGAAGCCAUCUGCACCACCAAGUGCAUGUGCCAGCGUGAUUGCAAGCAGGGAUGCGGACAUAUCCAAAGACAAAAACCUACCUGAAGAUCAUGACAAGAGCGUAGCUGUGAGUCGGGGUGGUCAGGGUGUCAUGCAUAUUAAUGAGACUGUUGAUGAUGCCAUGAGGGGACAAAAGCAUACCUUGUCCACAACCUCGUUGGAUGACCCUGAAGAGCAGUGUGAGAUGGAAGAAGACCAAGAUGCCAACGAACAUAUUCUGGACAAAGAUGAGGAUGUUGACAUGACAGAUCAGCAGAGUGAUAUGGAGCUAAGUACUGGUGGGUCCUGUGAGAUAGAUGAAUCGCUCACCACAAUCAUGGAUCUUAUAGUUAGCAUCAUGGAUACCACGAUGGAUGGUCCAAAAUCUAAGUACAUCACAACCAAAAAUGGAUGUGUGCAAUGUACUAUACUCAAUCUGAAGAAAGAAAAGCCAAAGAAUUCUCACUUACCCAAUGCUGCUCAGAAUCUAAGCUUUUAUUCCAUAUUUAUUCCAAUGGUCAUGCACUGGGUCGGCAAUAUCAACUAUCCAUGGACCAUUCUCGAUGAGAAACUCUCAGACGUUCUUGAGGAUAUCUUCAUGGCAGUGUGUAAGCAGCCUGGAGACUUCAGGAAUGAUGAUGGCUGCAAUCUUGCCUUCAACCUCAUGAGUGAAUUCCCAUUCUGGUAUGCCAAAGGAUCUCUGAGUAGAGAGGCCGAGCGUGCACUUAUUUUAGCUCGCAAUGACCUGAUUGUGGAAGAUGCUUUGGGCCACAGGAAACACAAGAUCGCCCUAACUCUCAAUCACUCCACAAACAAAAUGAGUAACACAGGCACUGCUUUUUCUGCGGGUAAUUGGGAGACUGACACACUCGUGUACAUGGAAUGA